AUAGAGAAAGAAUCAUCAAAAAUGGGAAUAAUGGAGGCAGAGAGGAAAACAACAGGCUGGGCUGCGAGAGAUCCAUCUGGGAUCCUCUCUCCUUACACUUACACUCUUAGAGAGACAGGACCAGAGGAUGUGAACAUAAGAAUCAUAUGCUGUGGAAUCUGCCACACCGAUCUUCAUCAAACCAAAAAUGAUCUUGGCAUGUCUAACUACCCCAUGGUUCCUGGGCAUGAAGUGGUAGGGGAAGUGGUGGAGGUUGGAUCAGAUGUGAGCAAGUUCACCGUAGGUGACAUAGUUGGAGUUGGUUGCCUCGUUGGAUGUUGCGGAGGUUGUAGCCCUUGCGAGAGAGAUCUGGAACAGUAUUGUCCCAAGAAGAUUUGGAGCUACAACGAUGUUUACAUCGAUGGUCAACCUACACAAGGCGGCUUCGCUAAAGCCACCGUCGUUCACCAAAAGUUUGUGGUGAAGAUUCCAGAAGGAAUGGCGGCUGAGCAGGCUGCGCCACUACUGUGCGCUGGUGUGACGGUGUAUAGUCCACUGAGCCACUUCGGUCUGAAACAACCAGGCCUAAGAGGAGGCAUACUAGGGUUAGGUGGAGUUGGUCACAUGGGUGUGAAAAUAGCCAAAGCAAUGGGUCACCAUGUGACUGUCAUUAGCUCAUCAAACAAGAAGAGAGAAGAGGCUCUGCAAGACCUUGGAGCUGAUGAUUACGUGAUCGGAUCCGACCAAGCAAAGAUGAGCGAAUUGGCUGAUUCGUUGGAUUACGUAAUUGACACGGUUCCUGUUCAUCACGCACUUGAGCCUUAUUUGUCUCUGCUUAAGCUUGAUGGUAAACUCAUUCUCAUGGGAGUUAUUAACAAUCCCUUGCAGUUUCUUACUCCUCUGCUUAUGCUUGGGAGGAAAGUGAUAACGGGAAGCUUCAUAGGGAGCAUGAAGGAGACAGAGGAGAUGCUUGAAUUCUGUAAAGAAAAGGGUUUGAGUUCGAUCAUCGAAGUUGUGAAGAUGGAUUAUGUUAACACUGCGUUUGAGAGACUCGAGAAGAACGAUGUGCGUUAUAGGUUCGUCGUUGAUGUCGAAGGAAGCAAUUUCGACGCUUGAAUUCAUGAAAACUCGAGGCUUUUUACGUACUCGAUUUCGAGAAUCUUCUGUUUGUUUGUGAGCUUUGUCAAUGGUGUGUCACUAUUUUUCAUGAGAAAGUGGUAAAAGAUACUACUAUAAUGAUAUUGGGCUAAAAAUGAAUGUGUUUUUUCGAGCGUUUUUAAUCAUGUAUCAUUUGAUACAUGUUUAACAUAAAUGCCUUGAGUCCUUAUGUCGGGUUUGAGUCGUACCAUGAUAUAAAACAUUAUUGUUCGGAG